AGGAAGAAAAAAAGGGGGGAGAAGCGGCGGACCGAGGAGCUGACCCACUGGAGAGCGAUGCAAGCCACUGCGGUCUGGCUGGCCUCUGCAAAGGCGCCCGCAGCCCGCCUGGUGGAGCCGCGGAUUGGCUUCCAGAGAACUUAACAUUAAAGAGAGACAGAGAGAGAGAGGGGGGCAGCAUCCACCAAUUUAACUCUUCUUUGCAAGGGAUUCUUAUAUUUAUUCUUCCACCUCGCUUCUUGCUCCAUCGGAGCUCCAGAGUUAUCCCCCCGCUCCUCCUCCCCCUCCUCCCUCCACAGUUUGCAAAAGGACGAUGAGGUUUGCAACCAAACUUUCCUCGCCUGCGCUUUGUUCCCGUUGGCGACUGGCGGCCCGGAGGAUGCCGAAUGCGAAAUAAUCAUGGGGAGAGAGAAGAGGAGAAAGCAGAGUCUCCCCGGCGAAGGAUUGCAACAGCGGCGCCUUUGAUUCUUCCUCCCUCCCCCCCCGCCCUGCUUCGUGCCUCCCGCCCAGCGCAGAGCCGUCAGCGGUGGUUCCUUCUUCCUUUCUACCCCACCCCCGUUUAAACCACGGAAUACCAUCCACCAGCAGUUCCUCGUUUUGCACACCGAGCCGCAAAAUCAACAGGCAACAAGAGGGAAGGGGAGGAGGCAGCAGUGGGUGCACUGAGCCGUGAGCUAUGGAUAUUCUGUGCCCACUGCUCCGUUUGCUGCUCCUUCUCUUGUGGACUCGGGCUGGAGCCCUGAUCAACCUGAAGUACUCAGUGGAGGAGGAGCAGAGAGCCGGCACCGUCAUCGCCAACAUCGCCAAAGAUGCCCGAGACGCAGGCUUUGUGCUGGAUCCCCGGCAGCCCACCGCUUUCCGCGUGGUCUCCAACUCUGCCCCACACCUGGUGGACAUCAACCCUGGCUCGGGGUUACUGGUCACCAAACAGAAGAUUGAUCGGGACCUACUUUGCAGGCAAAGUCUAAAGUGCGUGAUCUCAUUGGAGGUCAUGUCCAGCUCCAUGGAGAUCUGUGUGAUCAAGCUGGAGAUCAAAGACCUAAAUGACAACGCGCCCAGCUUCCCCACAGACCAAAUUGCGCUGGAGAUCUCUGAGGCUGCCAGCCCGGGGACCAGGGUACCAUUGGAGAGUGCCUAUGAUCCGGACUCGGGCAGCUUUGGGGUGCAGAGCUAUGAGAUCACACCCAAUGACCUCUUCGGCUUGGAGACCAAGGUGCGUGGAGAUGGUUCCCGCUUUGCUGAGCUGGUGGUCGAGAAGAGCCUGGAUCGUGAGACUCAGUCUCAUUACAGUUACAUGAUCACAGCUUUGGAUGGGGGUGACCCACCCAACUUUGGCACUGUGGAGUUGAACAUCAGGGUCCUUGACUCAAAUGACAACAACCCUCUCUUUGAAGAGCCCGCCUACACAGUGAGCGUGCCAGAGAACGCUCCCCCUGGCACGCCUGUCAUCCGCCUCAAUGCCACAGACCCUGAUGAGGGCACCAAUGGGCAAGUGUUGUAUUCCAUUCACAGCUUUGUGUCUGAAAAGGCCAGGGACCUCUUUCAAAUCAACCCCCAGACGGGCCUGAUCACGGUUAGUGGUGCAAUUGACUAUGAGGAAGGUCAUGCCUACGAACUGGAUGUGCAGGCCAAAGAUCUUGGCCCCAGUUCUAUCCCUGCGCAUUGCAAGGUGACUGUCACUGUGCAGGAUGCUAACGACAACCCCCCUCUCAUUAAUUUGCUCUCUGUCAACAGCGAGUUGGUUGAGGUCAGUGAGAAUGCGCCUCCGGGCUACGUUAUUGCAUUGGUGAGAGUAUCUGACCGGGACUCUGGUGCCAAUGGCCGGGUGCAGUGUAAACUGUUGGGCAGUGUGCCCUUCCGCCUGCAAGAGUAUGAAAGCUUCUCUACUAUCCUGGUGGAUGGGCGUUUGGACAGGGAGCAGAGGGACCAGUACAACCUCACCAUCCAGGCUAAGGACAAUGGGAUCCCAACUUUGCAGGCCACCAAAUCCUUCACUGUCAAGAUCACAGAUGAGAAUGACAACCACCCUCAUUUCUCCAAACCUUACUACCAGGUCAUUGUGCAGGAGAACAACACCCCUGGGGCCUACCUCCUUUCAGUUUCUGCAAGGGACCCUGAUCUAGGCCUUAAUGGCAGCGUCUCCUAUCAGAUUGUGCCGUCCCAAGUCAGGGACAUGCCUGUCUUCACCUAUGUCUCCAUCAACCCAAACUCGGGAGACAUCUAUGCCUUGAGAUCCUUCAACCACGAGCAAACCAAGUCUUUUGAGUUCAAGGUCUUGGCCAAAGAUGGAGGCAACCCCUCCUUGCAAAGCAAUGCCACUAUCCGAGUUAUUGUCCUGGAUGUCAAUGACAACACCCCUGUGAUAACCGCUCCUACUCUAGUCAAUGGGACUGCAGAAGUUUACAUCCCCAGGAAUGCUGGGGUUGGCUAUUUGGUGACGGUGGUCAAGGCAGAUGAUUAUGAUGAAGGGGAGAAUGGCAGACUUUCUUAUGAGAUGGCAGAAGGAGAUAGAGGAUUUUUCGAGAUAGACCAGGUCAAUGGUGAAAUAAGAACCACCAGAGCAUUUGGGGAAAAUUCAAAGACUGCCUAUGAGCUGAUUGUGGUGGCCCACGACCAUGGGAAAACAUCUCUUUCAGCUUCUGCCUUGAUUUUGAUAUAUAUUUCUCCAUCCUUGGAUGCCCAGGAAUCCAUAGGAUCUGUUAACCUGUCCCUGAUUUUUAUUAUCGCCCUGGGUUCCAUUGCUGCCAUUCUGUUUGUCACCAUGAUCUUUGUAGCAGUAAAGUGCAAACGGGAUAACAAAGAAAUCAGGACCUACAAUUGCAGAAUUGCAGAGUACUCCUAUGGGCACCAAAAGAAAUCGAACAAGAAGAAAAAAAUCAGCAAGAAUGACAUCCGCCUGGUGCCACGGGAUGUAGAGGAGACCGAUAAAAUGAACGUUGUGAGUUGCUCUUCCCUCACGUCAUCUCUCAACUACUUUGACUACCACCAGCAGACCUUGCCUCUGGGUUGCCGCCGAUCUGAAAGCACUUUCCUCAAUGUAGAAAACCAAAACAACAGGAACACGGGGUCCAACCACAUCUACCACCACACCUUCACCGGCCAGAGCCCUCAGCAGCCAGAUCUCAUCAUCAAUGGGAUGCCACUUCCGGAGACUGAAAACUACUCUUUUGAUUCCAACUAUGUGAACAGCAGAGCUCAUUUAAUAAAAAGCAGUUCGACAUUCAAAGAUCUGGAGGGGAACAGCCUGAAGGACAGCGGGCAUGAGGAGAGUGACCAGACAGACAGUGAGCAUGAUGUCCAGCGCGGGCUGUACUGUGACACAGCUGUCAACGAUGUUUUGAAUACCAGCGUCACCUCCAUGGGGUCUCAGGUGCCUGAACAAGAUCAGAGUGAAGGAUUUCAUUGCCGGGAAGAGUGCCGGAUCCUUGGCCAUUCUGACCGAUGCUGGAUGCCCCGGAACCCUGUGCCCAGCCGAGCAAAAUCCCCUGAGCAUGGAAGGAAUGUCGUGUCCCUCUCCAUAGAAGCUACCACUGUGGAUACAGAGCUUUACGAAGACUGUAGCACAAAGAGAACUUUUGCAACAUUUGGCAAAGAGGGGAGUGAACCUGUCUCCGAGGAGCGGGGCCCAGUCAACUCGAAAGGUAAAAGAACAGUGGAUCCGCCCAUCUGUAGCCCAAAGGUAAACGGUGCAGUCCGGGAGGCAGGGAAUGGUUGUGAAGCUGUCAGCCCCAUCAUGUCGCCUAUCCACCUGAAGAGCCCCUUGUCUGGCAAACCAUCAGUGUCCUACAACGUAAUGCACUGCCCAGGAAGUCGCGACCUGGAGCCGUUUGUAAACAAUGGCCCUUCUCGGCCCAUUGAGGCGGAGCCGAGGGGUGCAGACAGUGAAAAUAUCAUGCAUGAGAUUAACCCUCUUCUGCAAGAAUGUAGAGAGAAGGACUCACCUGGUGUGAAGAGGCUAAAGGACAUAGUACUCUAAAUUGCACUGUAAAGGAAAGGAAACAACAGUACUGGAUGUGUGUAUUGUUUCUAAUGGCUUACUGAUGGCUCACAAAUUCGCUGUAUUUAAAAGCUUUCCCUAAAUGUAUUGUUUAUAAAAAAAAUAUGAAGCUAUCA